GCUAAAGCUUUAGGCGCCAACGCCAAGCUGUUGGGGUGUUCGACUGUUUGAGUUAAUGGCGUAGCAGUUUCUUUAAUUUAUUCCUGAUUAAUCACUUAUGGACAAGCUGUUAAUAUACGGUCAAUUAAAACAGAGCGGUGUUAGGAUAUUUUCCGGCAGUGUCUAGGCCUGCUUUUUUCCUUCCCUUUCCUCUAAAACCUGCAGGAGCACCUGGUGGCAGGGUUUCAACGUUAGGCAACACUGCAUACAAUGCAAUCAGCUAAACAACAUCAUAGCCGGUAAAUUUUUCGUUUCACAAAAAACAUAUAUCAUAAAUGGAAUGAUAUAAAUACAGUUGUGCCUGAUAAGUACUAAUAGGAGAAAUAUGAGUGGGGCAGUCUACGGAGGCGAUGAAGUUGGUGCUUUGGUCUUUGAUAUUGGGCAUAAUACUGUCAGAGCAGGAUAUGCAGGGGAAGACAGCCCUAAGGUCGACAUACCAACAACAAUUGGCGCUUGGUUGAAUGCUGAUGAUGACAUAUCCCUGACCCAUUAUAACAUUGGCUUACUUGCGAUACAUGUUUGGAGAUCUGACAUGGAACUGGUAUCCUUUCUGAAGGAUGGGAUGGUAGAGAAUUGGGAUAUAUUUGAGAACUAUAUGGACUAUAUAUAUAAUACUGCACUGAAAGCAGUACCCAAAGAUCACCCAAUACUUUUGACUGAACCGCCAUGGGUGACUGUGCCUAAACGAGAAGAGAUGGCUGAACUGAUGUUUGAAAAAUACAACGUACCAGCUGUUUAUUUGGCAAAAAAUGCUAGUUUGGCUGCUUUUGCAAAUGGUAGACCUACUUGCUUGGUUGUGGACAGUGGGGCUACCCAUACCUCUGCAGUACCAGUUCAUGAUGGGCUACGUGUUGACCCAGGCGGUGGUGAAAUCUCCCGUUGGAGGCGACUAUCUGAGUACCCAGUGCAAAAAUUAUAUAACUGAAAGAGGCAUUGAUAUUGUACUUCCUAGCAUGGUCGCGUCUAAGGAAGUUGUCAAAGCCGAUGAAGCUCCAGUUUGGAAGAGGCGAAAUAUACCAUACAACUUGACAGACAGCUGGUAUAACUACAUGGUUAAGGAAGUGAUGCAGGAUUUCCAAGCUUCAGUGCUGCAGGUGUGUGAUUCUUCGUAUGAUGAGGAGGUGGUGAAGUCCAUGCCAGCCAUUCACUAUGAGUUUUCAAACGGAUUCCACCGGGAUUUCGGCGUGGAGAGGUUCAAAAUUCCCGAACCUCUGUUCAACCCUACGGCUGGUGCAAAAGCUGGCAUCCAACCUAUACUGGGUGUUGGAUCGUUGGUCACUACUAGCGUAGGGAUGUGUGAUAUAGAUAUCAGACCGGCAAUGUAUGGCAGUGUCGUUGUAACAGGUGGAAACUCGAGUCUGCAGGGUUUCACCGAAAGACUUAACCGAGAUUUAGCUGCUAAAACACCCCCAAGCAUGAGACUGAAAAUAAUAAGUGCCCCCGGAUCUUCAGAGAGAAGGUUCGGAGCGUGGACUGGCGGAUCUAUCCUCAGCUCAUUGGGUUCCUUUCAACAACUUUGGGUUUCCAAACAAGAGUAUGAGGAAACCGGUAAGGUUAUAGUACAGUCUAAGUGUCUAUAAGCAGUAAUUAGCGUAUUCUUUGAGAAAAUGCCCAACUCUAGGCUGUAUUUGCAGCAGUUGAAUCGGUCAGUGCAAAAGCCUCGUCCUUUUAUUUGAGUUUUCCGGGAGAUAAACAAACCAAAAUAUUGUUGAAAUUAUAUAUUUAAUUAUUUAUUUAUAGGCUAUUUUCAAAAUGCAAGAAAAAAAAGCAAAAAUAACUCAAACUUCGUUUUUGACGUUUCCGACGCUCCUGUUAAUUUUUUGAAAAAAAAAAUUAUAAGAGCUCAAAAUUGAGAAUUGGUGGCUGUAUGGGGUUGGGGGGUUGUAAAUGUUACGUCAAAGACGUUCCAUCAUUAAGAAGCAACCAGAAAAUUAAACUGGGUAUUGGGAGUACGUACCACUUUGGCGUUCUGUGAUACUUUUGUAAAUAAUGACUUAAUUGUUUUUAUAUCUACACACAUCUUUUUCUGAAUUUUAUGAUCCCUAAAUGUACCCCCUAUUUCGUCUAACCUUCAAGUCGUCUUACUCAGUAUAUGAUGGUUCCCAGGCUUAUCAAGUAGAUUAACUCGGUACUUAUUACGCAUUGAUAUACAGCAGACAAGUAUAGAGUCAAUCUACUUGACGCUAUUUGUCUACGUUUAAGGAAUUUGCUUUUAUUUUUUUCCUUGAAAACGAAGUAAGAUAUGGAGUGAUACCAAGAGACAUAAAAGUUGUAUCAUUAGUUGCUUAAUCCGAAAAAAAAACAUUGUUUUAAAAAGUCAGUGGCGUACAUUUUUUUGGCAAUAUUGUUCGUGAAACUGCCACUAGAAUUCUUUAUCAUUUUCCAAUUUUUUCUACCCGUGUUUUCACCCCUUUCACUCCUUUUGGUAAAAACAUGAAGAAGCUGUAACUUUUUAGUUCUGUCACAAUUGGAGAUUACUUUUAUAGAUGUUAGAAAUUAACGCUUGUCAGGAUUAGACAUUCAGAAUCACCCCUGCUGCUGUUACCUGUUUUUCACAGGUUUUAAGAGUAGUUACGGAUGACCAAACUGAACGUGAAUUAAAUCCGGAAAAAUUAUGGAGAACUUAUGAUUCGGAAAAGCAUCGAACUUUGAUCGAAAACUCCAGCCAUUAAAUUUUGGGGUAACUUGAACGUUUUCAAAAAAUAAAAAGUAAUGCCUCUUGAUUUUUCAUAACGAUUCAUUUUGAGGUUUGGGGAAACCUUUUUAGGUUUAUUCUCGAGGUUCUUGGGGUUAUUCUUUGACUUUCACCAUUGAGAUCUUGGAAACGGUGAUACUAAAUGUACUCAUCGAUUUCGUCUAACCUUCAAGUUGUCUUACUCAGUAUAUGAUUUUUCCCAGGCUUAUCAAGUAGAUUAACUCGGUACUUAUUACGCAUUGAUAUACAGCAGACACAGACUGACAAAUCGACGUAAAUGAGAAACACCAAGUGGUGAUGCAGAUAUCUUUAAGCAACAGAAGACUUGCGAUAUGUAGAUGUUGAACAUUUAUAGUACCUAAGUGAACCUACCUAGUUUCGAUUCUAUUCCGCCUUUUGAAAUGACUUGACUCAUUACUUUGCUUUGAAACCUCCAACGAAGGCGUAUAAGUAUAGAGUCAAUCUACUUGACGCUAUUUUUCUACGUGUAAGGAAUUUGCUUUUAUUUUUUUCCUUGAAAACGAAGUAAGAUAUGGAGUGAUACCAAGGGACAUAAAAGUUGUAUCAUUAGCUGCUUAAUCCGAAAAAAAAACAUCGUUUUAAAAAGUCAGUGGCGUACAUUUUUUUGGCAAUAUUGUUCGUGAAACUGCCCCUCGAGGCGCCACUGGAAUUCCUUAUCAUUUUCCAUUUGUUUUUACCUGUGUUUUCACCCCUUUCACUCCUUUUGGUAAGAACAUGAAGAAGCUGUAACUUUUUAGUUCUGUCACAAUUGGAAAUUACUUUUAUAGAUGUUAGAAAUUAACGCUUAAUUAUGGGGAACUUAAGAUUCGGAAAAGAGUCGAACUUUGAUCGGAAACUCCAGCCAUUAAAUUUUGGGGUAACUUGAACGUUUUCAAAAAAUAAAAAGUAAUGCCUCUUGAUUUUUCAUAACGAUUCAUUUUGAGGUUUGGGGAAACCUUUUUAGGUUUAUUCUCGAGGUUCUUGGGGUUAUUCUUUGACUUUCACCAUUGAGAUCUUGGAAACGGUGAUACUAAAUGUACUCACCGAUUUCGUCUAACCUUCAAGUUGUUUUACUCAGUAUAUGAUGGUUCCCAGGCUUAUCAAGUAGAUUAACUCGGUACUUAUUACGCAGACACAGACUGACAAAUCGACGUAAAUCUUGCAACAUUUUUUACUGAGAGGAGGGGGGUACGUAAAUAAAUUCUUUUACAGUGCUUUUCAAAAAGGUUCCUCCCUUUCUACUUAUUUUUUUUAAUUUACCGAGCUGAAAUUCAAUUCAACAACGAUUGAAAAUCUUGCAACAUUUUUUCCUGGGAUGGGGGGGUCACGUGAUAUCUAAUUUUGAAGCUUCUUUUCAAUACUUUAUAGCCUAAAAUAUGAAUUCACUGUCUUUCAAAGUUAGGGGCUAGCGGAAUCGUUUAUAACAAAAGAAUAAUCAAAAUUCUUUUUGGAAUUCCCGUUAAAUUUAUUCUAAAUAAAUUCUGUGGUUGUGAUAUUGCUAGACUUGACAUCAGCAUUAAUUAUAUAUUCAUGUCGCAUAACUAAGGCAGGCAACAGGUGACAAUGCGAUUAUACUUUUUACAAAGAGCAAAAGAGGUGGGUAAAGAUCGAAGAACAGUCUCGAUUGAGGCCGCUUUGUUAUACCUAUAUUAAAUUUAAUAUCGUACAUCCUUGUAUCCCCCUAGAGCCCCACGGUAUCCCAUGGGUGUUUAAGCCUUAGGCCUUCGUGGUCCUUGGAGCAUACAAAAAAAACAAGCGAUGUUGUCUCUCGCCUACCAGUUAAUUUACGUGCAAUAGUAUACUUUUUUUCGUCAGUAUUACUUUAUAUUUAAUCUACGCUUGCUUUUACGUGAUUUAUUAGGCCUGGCUACACUUAAUUUUAGGAGGGUGAUUGAAGCCUUGCUAACUAGUCAAAAAGAUGAACUUUAAAUGUUCCCCGACCAAUAUGAUUGGCGUUCCUUUCGCAGUGCUUCCAUCAUUUCUACAAGUGCUUUCAAUUUUGAAAUUUAGAUUUUUAUCGCACACGCGAUUCAUACGAUCUUGGAGGUUGGUUGAAUUUCCUAAACAUUUGUCAUCUGGUUCACCUUUUUGCUGUGAUGGGUACAGAGCACUAUAGCCUAAUCAUAUUAGACGAAAAUUCCCAUGCGAAAUAAUAGUAAAGUUUGGUUUUAUUGAUGCAAGUCGUUCAAGGGGGUAUUUAAAACAUGGACGCUUAAAAUGGGUUUUUGGGGAUUCAAGCGAAAGUGUUGGCAGGCAUGAAAAAACUCUUCAUAUAAGAUUUUUAGGUAUUUAUGAUUCCUACAAAAUUAUACCACACGUAAAAAGAUCCGACUAAUAGCAAAAAAGUUAUGGCCGAAAACCGAGGCAAGCUGCAGGUACUUGUAAUGCAGAUGUCUGAAAUUCUUCAAAUUCGUUCUUCUAAAUAACCACAACAAAAUUGGAGUAGAUUGGUCAAGCAGUUUUUGAGAUAAACAAUUAGAAAUUCUCAAAAAUUACUUGACCAAAAUACUCCAAUUUAUUAUUAAAUUAUCGUCGCAUUACCGAGUGCCAAAACCUGCAUUUUGCUUCGUUUUUCCGUUAUAACAUUUUUGCUAUUAUUAGGAUCCUUUUAUGUAUGGUCCCAUUUUGUAGGUCUCAUAAAUAUCUAAACAUCUUAUUUAUAUUUUUUUGUUCCUGUCAACACUUUCGGUUGAAUCCCAAACAACACAUUUUCUCAUUCUUUGUUGUCGAAAAAAAAGUUUUGCCACAAAAGUUGGUGUGCCCAUUUUAAGCGUCCAUGUUUUAAAUACCGCCGUGAACAACUUUAAAUUUGCUAAUAUGAUUAGACUACUACUUUUUGGUUAACAGGACAGUUUCCGUUGUCUGUCUCCAAUGAAGAUAGUACCGAUUAUUGCUAAAAAGCAUGAAACAAGACCGUAUGGUCACUGAGACGGAAAACAAGCCGAUUCUAGGAUGAGAAUUAUGUCAAAAACCCUACUUUUAGUUUGGUCUUGAAAAAUGGAUAAUGUGGUAUACUUUAGAGAUUCGGCUAGUCCUCAAAAUAUCAUGAAUCGCGUGCGUGAUUCUUUGUUUUGACCAUGGAACAAAACAGUCUAAAAUUCUAUUAUUUUUAACGAAAUUUCACGACUGAAGCCUUCAGUUACUUUGCACAUUCGUUUAUUGUUGUAAAAUAUCGACAUUUCUGUUUUUGUAUAUUUAUACAGGGUAUUUACUUUCUGUGUUAUGCGUGGCUUUAAUUGUAUGUGAAUAAUACAGGUCAAGUUUUUGGCGUGGGCUCUGUUAUAUUUUGCGUAUAGUAUCAAAAAAGAGAAUUACAAAUAUUGUAGCCAACGGUAUGCUCUUUACUUGGAAAAUAUUUUUAUCUCUACAGGAUGAUUCAUAGCUAUGCUGUGACCCAAGCAUGCAAUCUUUUUUCAUUGCAGUUUUGAAUACACCCAUUCAAACGAAGCAAUUGGAGAUAACAUACUAUGGGAUCCUAUUUCCAAAUUGUUGGGAUAUUUGAUGAUCUAUCGAAUAAAAUACUGAACUUGGAGAACUCGCUCCUCCGCUAGAUGACUGAUUUUUUCGUUAAUAAAUUUUAUGAUCCCAUAUUUUCUCCCUAUUUUCUUACUUUUUCAGUUUUUUUUUGAUAGUUUAUACCGGGUAAAGAACGCAAAAUGAACGAUUUCUCGAUAUUUUUAAAUAAACACCCUGUAGAUUAUCGUGCUUCUUGAUUUCUCUUUUCAUAAGCUUUUUUCUGAUAUCAGGGUUUGUAUGACUGGAUUUUGAGUUGCAAAAAUAUGACUCCCUUUGACUUUUCGAUUUAUAAGGCUAGGUGGAUUUAAUUUAUAAUGAAAAUACAGAAAUUCUGAUGAUCUGCCGUCACCAACUGAAUGCUAUUUUUUAGUUUGAAAGUUAUUGCACUACAGGGUGUCCGCAAAGUUGGGGUUUUCCUUUUUAGAAACAACUACCCUUGAAAUAACAAAGGUAAUGUGUAGUGAAACGAGGGCGACCAAGUAAAAAAAAAAUAAAGGAAAAAGUACUCACUGUCCAGUUGACGAGAAGGGCUAAGUACGUCUCUGCCCGAAAUCAUACCGCUCCAACAGAAAAUGAAAUCAGCUGAUGCGCUACCGAGCAGACGCAGAAACCACAUUGAUUGUCUUACACUUAAUGGCACAUCUUCUAACAAGGAAGGCAAAAUGUUGCGUAAAAGUCUUUUUGAUGUUGCAGAGCCCUUUAUCUCGGUUCCCUUAAGACAUUGGUGUAUAUGGUACUACGAAAAAUUGCUUAUGUUUUCAAGAUCUACACGUCGUGUAAAGGAAAACCCCAACUUUGCGGACACCCUGUAUUGUCCGUUCGCCUUGAUGUCUGAUUUACAAACAGGUUAGUUUUAACCUAGAAACCGGUCAUACAAAAUACCAAAAACCAUAUGUCAAUAAAAAGCGUGUGGAACGGGGGGAAUGAAGGAGUGUGAAAAUACACAGGGUGUUCCAUUUAAAAUUCUUGAGAAAUCGUUCACUUUGCGUUUUUGAACACUGUAUACACCAAUAAAAAAACUGAAAAAGUAAGUGGAUAGGAACAAAAUAUAGCAUCAUUAAAUUAAAAAAAUUAAAUGCAAUUUUUUUGUCAUCGCAGAGAUGUUAAUCACCUAGAAUAGAAAUAUUUUCCAAGUCAGGAGCAUACUGUUGGCUACAAUUUUUGUGAUCAACUCUUUUAUGAGUGGUAGGUACCCUUUGCUUGUCCAUAGAGUGGCAACAGAAAAAAUACGCUAAAAAAGAUGAAAUCUACAGACAAAGAAGCUACAGAAACAAUGCAACGCGAUUUAAUGUAACACCUGAAACUUAUUGACGACACAAAGUGCCAUCUAUUACCAGAAUCGACUACUGCUAGAACUGCAUCCUAGCAAGCGUUCAUCUCUCGGACUCCAAACGGCCAACGGUGGACAGCUGUUUCGUGCUUUUUGGCAACUCAUCAGCGUGGUCUAGGACAAAGCAAAGCCGAGUAACUUAUCCGGUGCUUUCGUGGAUAAGUUCCAGGUGUUACAUUAUAUGUAUACAGGGUGAUUCGUAAAUCGUGACCAAGAAUGAAACAUACACAGGACCGCAUUUAAAGGGGGUCUUCUAUGUAACAUUUUUUUCCUCGAGGACUUCGCCCAGCGCAAAUAGUUUUACUGCGACGAUAAAAUCACGAGCAAAAAAGUUUUUGCGUCGUAAAAUUUACGAUGGUCAGUAUUCCAGCGUCAAAAAGAUACGGGGUGUUGAAGUUUAAAAAUAAAAAAACAUUUUUUUUUAAUAUCUUCAAAACCGUCAACUGGCAUAAACUAAAUUUUUUUAGGUGGAUUUACCUAAGUAUUAUCCACGUUUAAAAGUCUUCACUUGAAAUUAACUUGCACCAGUGGCGAAGAUACUGUUGAUAAGUGGCAUUAUUGUUCCAAAUGAAAAAAGUACGCCUCUGUUUUUUUUUGCGCAAUUUUUCAAUUUGCUACAAAUAGUUACUCUUGUGUUUUUUCCUAGAGUGCAUUGUUUUCGUAAUAAUAAAAAAAACAAAUUAGUAAAAGCCUUUGGGGUAGGUUGACGUCUGUUAGGAAAUCUACGUUGUUACUUAUGAGAAGCCUCUAAAGCAUUUCCAUUACAGAACACGUACACAAAAAUAAUAUCGGCGACAUUGCUAAAUUUCCAUUUCACACCAAAAAAUGGAAAAAAUAAACUUUUGACUUGACUUUUAUAAAAAAAAGGUAGUGGUAACGAUGACAACCGUAUAACACAGGACAAAACAUCUCCCAAGAAACGUCAAGUUGGUAUCAAGGCCUCCUUUUUUUAUUGUGAAACUAAUUGUAUCUUGGCUCUUCAUGGAUGAUCUAAUUUGUUUUAAUUGUAUUUUUACGAAAACAGUGCACUUUAGGAAACAAACAAAAGAGUAAUUAUUUGUAGCAAAUUGGAGCUAAAAUUCGAAAAGUUGCGCUUUUCCGAACAAAAAAAAAACAGUGGCGUACUAUUUUUAUUUGGAAAAAUAAUGCCACUAACCCCUGUAUCUCCGCCACUGGUGCAUGUGAAUUUCAAGUAAAGACUUUUGAAUGUGGACAAUACUUAGAAAAAAUCCACGUACCAGAUUUUGAUUCCAGUUGACGGUUUUGAAGAUAUUGUGUAUGAUGUUUUAUUUUUGGUCACGACUUGUGAAUCACCCUGUAUAUAUACAUGUUGUCUCAAAAAUUAUGGAACGUAUUUCUUUGCAGCAUCUGAAUGAGUUUUAUAAAUUUUGGGACAUGCGAUAUGUUUUCGUAAUCUUAGAAUAUUGAUUGCCACUAUUUCUUGAAGUAAAUAUCCGGUAUUUUUAGAUACUCGUUUAAAAUUGAUGUUCCUAUUAGUGUUCGGUUUGUUGAUUACAUUUCAACUGUUCAAAAGGCU